UAUGAUGAGUUCCUUCUUUCCUUGUUGGUCAUGGAGAAAACCCUAGAGAAACAAUGGCGCACCUAUAUAAGAGUGUUAACCCCUUCUUUCUCUCUGUCCUUCCCUUCCAUUCCAAGUAGCGUGUUUUGAGUGUUAAGGUCAUCCAUGGCUUUCACAAAAGUUGCAGUCAUCUUUUUCUUCUUGAUGGCAAUGGGUCUCUGUCACUACUCCUCCAUAGCCGAAGAUUCUUUCGAAAAUAAGAACUUAAUUACUUCUUCUUAUAAUACUCUCGAAGAUGCAUGCAACAACAAAAACCCUCACAUAGAGCAAGUGAUCCAAGAUCCCAAGACAUCCAUGGCAAAUGAUCAAAACUCUUCUGGUUGGGAAGAUGAUGAGAUUGAAGUCAACACAAAGUCAACAGAUCCAAGCACAAGCAAUGGAGCUUCUCAUCUUCAGGACCAAGUUUUCAGCACUUCCAAUGGCAAUGCAGUAGGACCUGAGAUGAUUAUCAUUCUUGCGCUUGUAACCAUCUUUGGUGGUCUCUAUUUCUUUGCUCCCUAUGUCCUUCUCGUAGCGGUAAUUUUUGGUUUUGGAUUUAUAGUUUUUGUAUCGAUGAAUUCAAGAUAAGCUGGUUACCCAUCG